CAUCUCAUUUCCGUUGUCUCUGCGACACCUGAGUAUAUUAUUUACGCUCCAGUACUGUGUUGCGGGCUUUCUAGGACAAUAAUCAUGGCUGAUGCGGACGCUCCCCUUGUCGAAAAAAAGCACAGAAAAUCCGUUGCGUUCAGCGAGGGAACAACAAUCAUGGAUGCGAACGGAGCAAUCUCUGAGGCUAGCCAUUCCGAUGACAAAACUACUGCUGAAAGGCAUACUGCUACCUCGCCCGACAAGGAAGUGGACGAAGUAACCGAGCUUUUCAAGGGUCUUUCGAAAAAGAAAAAGACAAAGAAGACGAAAGAUGCAGAUGCCGAAGCUAACGCGGACGGCGAGUUUGACCCCUCGAUGAUGAAGAAGAAAAAGAAGAGCAGCAAAAAGGCAGCCGACGGUGACUUCGAAGCCAAACUCGCGGAGGCAGGGCUGGCCAGUGAAGAAACCGCGCCAGAGGAGAAACCGUCGACCGAGGAGAUCGUCAGCGACAUCGAAAACGGCAGAGGUAUCUGGGCCCACAACGCUACACAGUCUAUUCCAUAUAACCUGCUCGUCACUCGAUUCUUCACGUUGAUUCACAGCCAUCACCCCGAUAUCCUCUCAAGCGGUUCCAAGUCCUACAAAAUCCCUCCACCGCAGUGUCUGCGUGAAGGUAACCGGAGAACUAUCUUUGCCAAUAUCACCGAUAUCUGCAAGCGAAUGAAGCGGUCGGAGGAUCACGUUAUGCAAUUCCUGUUCGCGGAGUUGGUCACGAGUGGUAGUGUGGACGGAAGCAGGAGAUUGGUUAUCAAGGGUCGAUUCCAGCAGAAACAAAUUGAAAACGUUCUGCGAAGAUACAUCGUCGAAUACGUCACUUGCAAAACGUGUCGCAGUCCAGACACGGAGCUCAACAAGGGAGAGAACCGUCUUUAUUUCGUUACAUGCAAUUCCUGCGGUAGUAGACGCUCAGUCACUGCGAUCAAAACUGGCUUCCGCGGCCAGGUUGGAAGACGGAAGAAGCAACAGGGCUAAAAAUGCAUACUUCGUUCGGCGUCCAGAUUCAUGGUUCACUAUGACCUGUUCUUUUUGUUAUAAAUCCUAUGCAAUGCGCUCUCAUGAUUUGACCGAGUUUAUUUUCAUCCACCCCGAUAUUACUUCGUUUAACGAUUUUCUGUUGUCUGUCCCUUGUUCGUUUCUUGAUGGGGAAGAAAAGAACAUGCCUCUCCGUGUCCUUUUUCAACCUUCUUCGUUUCAUAAUUUUACCUCGCAAAAGCAACAGUCCCAUGAAUUGCCGUCGUGAUCACCAAAAUGCUUUUUGGCAACUCACUUUCAAUUAAUUUCCUCCCUAUUCUCUUCGUUUCUCGCAACUCAAGCUUUAUGUUUUCUCCCUCCAUAAUGAACAUGUAUGUGUCUUUAGAAAUUGGGCUACGUUAGAAAGGGAACACAAAUAUGGUAAGGGAGAUGAAGGUAUAUUUGGGCGAAAAUUGACAGAAAGAAAAUGGAUUUAGACUGAGCAAAAUUCGAAUGAAAAUACGACUGAUAUACUUC